AUGGCUAACCGGCAUAUACCGAAUGAUUUCUAUUUAUUAUCACCUCGCAAAUGCAUGGUUUGUGGUGAUCACAGUUCCGGUAAACAUUACGGUAUUCAAUGUUGUGAUGGUUGCUCUUGUUUCUUUAAGCGUAGCAUACGUAAAAGAAAAAUUUAUUUAUGCGUAGCCGUAGCGAAAGGUCAAUGUCCGGUAGAUAAACUUAGACGUAAUUGGUGCCCAAAUUGUCGCUUUCGUAAAUGCCUAAGUAUGGGUAUGAAUGCAGCAUCAGUUCAAAUUGAAAGAGGAUCUCGUGUAACGGUAACCCCGAAAUUAAAAGCUGAAAACGCUCGUGUUGGCUCUUGGUUAGCCGAUAAAAAGCCAGAAGAAGGAUUAAUUGCACCUGUGCUGAUCAAACAGCUUCUUGAUUUUGAUGAAAGCGGCAAUUUUCAGAUUUAUGGCAAGACCUUUGAUAUGGUUUGUGUUUGUGCCAUAGUACGGCUAAUUGAAAGAACCUGGUCUAAGAUUAAAUGUACAUUGGACGAUCAUACUGGCCGAAUAACUGGUGAUUAUUGGUUGAAAGGAGAAGGCGAUACUAUGGAUAUGGUACUUAAUAGAUAUGCCACUAUUUAUGGUAAAAUGUCGCAAGAUAAACUGUUGACCGUUUAUAAAAUAUUACCAAUUAAAGAUUCAUAUGAAAUUAUAAGGCAUAGUUUAGAUGUUUUAUACGUUCGUUAUAAAGCUCUCUCUGACUUUUGCAAAAGCACAUACAGAAAGUAA